CUUCACAUGACAUUUCUCCGUGAUCUCAGGCGCUAGCUUGUUAUCAGUUAUUGUUUGUGGUUGAAGGUUGUUGUUCACUUUCCCGUGCAGAGAUCAUAAGGACCCUAUUACCUUCCUACCUUCAAAAUCUUCCAUCUCUGUUCUCACGGGAUUUUCCUCUCACCCUCUUAUUUGUUUCCAACAUUUCUUGCUUCAUAAUUCAAGUGAGGUCAUAACACAACACAAAGUGUUGCCAACUUCGUGGUUCAUAUUGGUUGGUUCAGUUAAGAGUGUGGAGAACAAAGAAGAUACUUAGAUUAUGGCUGCUCGUAACAUCGAGAAGAUGGCCUCAAUUGAUGCUCAACUGAGGUUGCUGGCGCCACGCAAGGUGUCUGAUGAUGACAAACUCGUUGAGUAUGAUGCCUUGUUGUUGGAUCGUUUCCUUGACAUUCUUCAGGAUUUGCAUGGUGAAGAUAUCAGACAAACGGUCCAAGAUUGUUACGAGCUGUCAGCUGAGUACGAAGGAGAGCAUAAGCCUGAAAAGUUGGAGGAACUUGGGAAUAUGCUGACGGGUCUUGAUGCUGGGGAUUCAAUUGUUAUUGCCAAGUCAUUUUCUCACAUGCUCAAUUUGGCCAACUUGGCAGAAGAAGUUCAAAUUGCGUAUCGAAGAAGGAUCAAGUUACUGAAGAAGGGUGAUUUUGCUGAUGAGAACUCUGCCAUUACUGAGUCAGACAUUGAAGAGACCUUCAAGAAGCUUGUGGCUCAACUGAAGAAGACACCCCAGGAAAUCUUUGAUGCUUUGAAGAACCAAACUGUGGAUUUGGUUCUAACUGCUCAUCCUACUCAGUCUGUUCGCAGAUCUUUGCUGCAAAAGCAUGGAAGGAUAAGGAAUUGUUUGACACAAUUAUAUGCUAAGGACAUAACACCAGAUGAUAAGCAGGAACUUGAUGAGGCUUUACAAAGAGAGAUUCAAGCUGCAUUUCGCACAGAUGAAAUUCGAAGGACUCCUCCUACCCCACAAGAUGAGAUGAGGGCAGGAAUGAGCUACUUUCAUGAGACAAUUUGGAAAGGUGUACCACAGUUUCUGCGUCGGGUAGAUACAGCUCUGAAGAACAUUGGAAUUAAUGAACGUGUCCCAUAUAAUGCUCCUGUUAUUCAGUUCUCUUCUUGGAUGGGAGGAGACCGUGAUGGUAAUCCUAGAGUAACCCCUGAAGUUACAAGGGAUGUGUGUUUGCUGGCUAGAAUGAUGGCUGCUAAUAUGUACUUCUCUCAGAUAGAGGAUCUCAUGUUUGAGUUGUCUAUGUGGCGUUGCACUGACGAGCUACGUGUUCGUGCUCAUGAACUCCAUAGGUCCUCAAAGAGAGAUGCAAAACAUUAUAUUGAGUUUUGGAAACAGAUUCCUCCAAAUGAGCCAUAUCGUGUUAUUCUUGGUGAUGUCAGAGACAAACUAUAUAACAUUCGGGAACGUGCUCGCCAUUUAUUAGCCAAUGGGACAUCUGAUAUCCCUGAGGAGACAACCUUCACUAACGUUGAGCAGUUUCUGGAGCCCCUUGAACUAUGCUACAGGUCACUCUGUGCAUGUGGUGACAGACCAAUAGCAGAUGGAAGCCUCCUUGAUUUCCUGCGGCAAGUUUCCACAUUUGGACUCUCACUAGUGAGACUUGACAUCCGUCAAGAGUCAGAUAGGCACACUGAUGUUAUGGAUGCAAUCACAAAACACUUAGACAUUGGAUCAUACCGAGAGUGGCCCGAGGAAAAGAGGCAGGAGUGGCUCUUGUCUGAACUCAGUGGAAAGCGCCCUCUCUUUGGCCAUGACCUUCCCAAAACAGAAGAAAUCACCGAUGUUUUGGAAACCUUCCGUGUCAUUUCAGAGCUUCCCUCAGACAACUUCGGUGCCUACAUCAUAUCAAUGGCAACAUCCCCAUCUGAUGUGCUUGCUGUUGAGCUUUUACAACGUGAAUGCCAUGUGAAGCAGCCACUAAGGGUGGUGCCACUGUUUGAAAAGCUUGCUGAUCUUGAGGCCGCUCCGGCUGCGGUGGCACGUCUUUUCUCUAUAGAUUGGUACAGAAACCGCAUUGAUGGGAAGCAAGAAGUUAUGAUAGGGUACUCAGACUCAGGAAAAGAUGCAGGCCGUCUUUCUGCGGCUUGGGCGCUUUACAAGGCUCAAGAAGAACUUGUGAAGGUUGCUAAGGAGUAUGGUGUUAAACUUACAAUGUUUCAUGGGAGAGGAGGGACUGUUGGAAGAGGAGGAGGUCCAACUCAUCUUGCUAUAUUGUCUCAGCCACCAGACACCAUUCAUGGCUCACUUCGGGUAACGGUUCAGGGUGAAGUCAUUGAGCAGUCUUUUGGAGAGGAACACUUGUGCUUUAGAACACUUCAGCGCUUCACUGCAGCUACACUUGAGCAUGGCAUGCAUCCUCCUGUGUCACCGAAACCCGAAUGGCGUGCCCUCAUGGAUGAAAUGGCUGUCAUUGCAACAAAGGAGUAUCGCUCUGUUGUUUUCAAAGAACCUCGUUUUGUUGAAUAUUUCAGAUGUGCAACUCCUGAGUUGGAGUAUGGAAGAAUGAACAUUGGCAGUCGUCCAUCAAAGCGAAAGCCAAGUGGAGGAAUUGAAUCACUACGUGCUAUUCCUUGGAUUUUUGCAUGGACACAAACGAGGUUUCAUUUGCCAGUGUGGCUUGGUUUUGGGUCAGCAUUUAAGCAUGUAGUUGAGAAAGAUCCGAAGAAUCUCCAAAUGCUUCAGGACAUGUACAAUCAAUGGCCUUUCUUCAGGGUCACCCUGGACUUGGUUGAGAUGGUGUUUGCUAAGGGAGACCCGGGGAUUGCAGCCCUAUUUGACAAACUCCUAGUAUCAGAAGAGCUGCGUCCAUUUGGAGAAAAUUUAAGAGCUAAAUACGAAGAAACCAAGAGCUUUCUCCUCCAGGUUGCUGGGCACAAGGAUAUUCUUGAAGGAGACCCCUACUUGAAGCAAAGACUUCGUCUUCGUGACUCAUACAUCACAACCCUCAAUGUGUUGCAAGCUUACACAUUGAAGCGAAUUCGUGAUCCUGACUACCAUGUGAAGUUGAGGCCACACUUGUCAAAGGACUACAUGGAAUCAAGCAAGCCAGCAGCAGAGCUUGUUAAACUUAACCCCAAAAGCGAGUAUGCUCCUGGUCUUGAGGACACCCUUAUUUUGACAAUGAAGGGUAUUGCUGCUGGAAUGCAAAAUACCGGUUAAGUUGCCAUAGAAGUGGUGUUUUUCUUGUUAUAUGAUGUGUGUUGUGAUUGUUUCAUGGAUAUAUAAGCAUUAUAACCUAUUAUGUCUACGACAGAUUUCCACCAAUAUCAAAUAAUUGUUCCUCUGUUGUUAUCAA